GUUCCUCUAUUUGACAAGACGAAUCAACAGGAAAAGAUCUUCAAUGGCGACGAUGACGGUUCGGCUAACAUCGACCAAGUGCUCAUUCCUUCUCUGCUGCUGCCUCCUCCUCGUGAGCAUCGCGUCAUCAUCAUCAUCGUCUGGAGCAUUUCUUCCUCCGUCGUCGUCCUCUUCGCAGAAAGUCUCGGUGGGUCUGUACUACGAGUCUCUGUGUCCGUACAGCGCGAAGUUCAUAGUUAACCACCUCGUGAAGCUCUUCGAUGACGAUCUCAUCUCCAUCGUCGAUCUCCACCUCUCUCCUUGGGGCAACACCAAGCUCCGGCCAGAUAACCUCACUUUCGUCUGCCAGCACGGGCCGUACGAGUGCUUGUUGGACACGGUAGAAGCUUGUGCAAUUGAAGCUUGGCCCAAAUUGAGUGACCAUUUCCCGUUCAUCUACUGUGUCGAGAGUUUGGUGUCUGAACACAAGUAUGACAAGUGGGAGACAUGUUACGAGAAACUUGAGUUGAACUCGAAACCUAUGGAUGAUUGCCUCAGCAGCGGACAUGGAAUAGAGCUUGAAUUGCAAUAUGCCGCAGAAACAAACGCGCUUCAGCCGCCACAUAAAUACGUGCCCUGGGUAGUUGUGGAUGGUCAACCGCUGUAUGAGGACUACGAGAACUUCAUAGGCUACAUCUGCAAUGCUUACAAAGGGAAUGCAGCGCCCGGAGCCUGCGCUGGGAAUUCCGGAAAUGCCCUUCACAGGGUCAGUCUGAAACGCAUCUCUCCGGUUUGCCGCAAGGGAACUCGGGUUUCUGACGUGUUCGACCGAGUCAAGUCCGGGUUCAAGUCGUGGAUGAACAGCAUCCUAGUCAAUAUUGCAGGCCUUGCGUUUACCUAAGGAAAAUUAAUAAUGCCCUAUACGAAAAGAUGUUUUUAUCUAAACCAUGGUAAAAUCCUUUAGACGACGAGUAUAUGUAUCUUCGUAAAUACCGAUGUUAUAUGGGUAGUUUAUAUGAAUGAAUGCAUGUGAGAAAUCACAUAUACAUAUAUGUAUGCAUGUAUGUAUGUAUGUACUAUGUACCAUCAAAAGGUGGGAGCAAAUCAGCUCAUGGGAUUGGAUUGUAGGCAACUUUUACA